ACGUCAUAGUCUAGAGUUAUUUUUGGUCAAUGCGAGACUGGACUACUUAUUAGAUAUCCACGUUGAAAUACGGGAGGUGCUUCUUUUCUAAUUAACUAGUAUUCUGCAUCUGUUUUAUUUGCUUGUCUCUUUUGAGAUAUCGAUCAAUCCUAUACGGUUCGCGACGGGGUGCAUUCAUAACAAUGCCAGGACCAACGUUGGGUUCAGAGCCCGCUCUGCCAGAAGAACGCGAAAAGUUACACCUUCCACCCAAAAGUUAUGCCGAUGCUGCCGAGGAAACACCAGAAUCACCAGAUGAUGGAAGCAAUGAAAAUGAUGAAAAUAAAGAGAAUGGCGUGAAUGGACACACAACCCCGAAUGCGAAUGGCUCGGCCAAAAACGGACCUAAGCAUAAAGUGUCAGUUCUGAGGAUCGUGGAUACGAACAGUUCAGAUUCUACCAAAUCUGUCGACAAACAAGAUACCAGACCAAAGUUCGAUAGGCAGGAGUCGAAAAGAGAGUACUCGGCAACGGGCCUCGACGAUACUCCGAAAAGCCCUCCUCGACACAGGCAGCGAAAAUCAUCUUCCCAAAAAUCAAAUGGAACCCAUGAGAAUGGUCAGGACCUGAACACAAAUGCGAUGACGGAUACUCAAAAUACUACCAAGCAUAACACGGCCAUCUUCGAAGGCGAACGAAAUGGUAGUAAGCUCACUAGUGUGAAGCCCUCGGAGGAUUACGAAAAACAACUCCAAAGAGACCACAAUGAGGCUCCAAAGUCUAAAGACGAAAAACUGGUUAGCGGGAGACAAGCUGGACAAAGAUGGCAUACAAGCGGCAUUCGAUGGGCCCCAAUGAAUGUUCCACUUCAACGCAGACUUCAAACCUUGGUGGUACUGUUUCAUACACUCUGCAUUGCCAUUUUUGUAUCAAUGUUCUUUUUUCUAUGCGCGAUACCCCUAUUCUGGCCAAUAUUGAUCCCGUAUAUGAUUUACCUCAUUACUUCCAAGGCUUCAAUAUCCGGGACUUUGAGCCAUCGUUCAAACUUCUUCCGGUCGCUACCUGUGUGGUCAUUAUUUGCAUCUUACUUUCCAGCCCGGUUACACAGAACUCAAGAGCUACCGCCCACGAGGAAAUACAUCUUCGGAUAUCAUCCCCAUGGUAUAAUCUCCCACGGGGCGUUCGCCGCCUUUGCCACCGAAGCUCUUGGAUUUUCUCAGCUCUUCCCAGGUAUCAAGAAUACACUUCUCACAUUAGAUACCAAUUUCAGAAUACCGCUAUAUCGUGAAUACGCUUUAGCAAUGGGGCUUGCGUCUGUAUCUAAAGAAUCUUGCGAGAAUCUACUUUCAAAGGGCGGGCCAAACAAGGAAGGUAUGGGUCGCGCAAUCACUAUAGUUGUUGGAGGCGCAGCAGAGUCACUAGAUGCACAGCCAUACAGUCUCAGAUUGGUCCUCAAGCGUCGCAAGGGUUUUGUCAAGAUGGCGAUCCGAACCGGCGCAGACUUGGUUCCAGUUCUAGCAUUUGGCGAGAAUGAUCUUUAUGAUCAAUUUUCAGCCGACUCACACCCAUGGAUCCACAAAUUUCAAUUACUGGUUAAGAAAUUGAUGGGAUUCACCAUACCCCUCUUUCAUGCUAGAGGUGUCUUCAACUACGAUGUCGGCCUUAUGCCAUAUCGAAGGCCUUUAAAUAUCGUCGUCGGCCGGCCGAUUAAAGUAAUUCAAUCUAAAACUCCAGAACAACAAGAUAUCGAUCGCGUUCACGAGGAAUACGUGACGGAACUUGAGAGGCUAUGGGACUUAUGGAAGGACGAUUUUGCUCCUAACAGAAAGGAUGAGCUCCAGCUCGUUGAAUGAAGCUUUGCGUUCUAAGGGUUUCUUUUCAUAGCAUUUUUUUUUUUUGGAAUCUGGCAUGCUUGUCGGCGCAAAAGGAUUCGCUUCUAUGUACAAAUAAUAUUAUUUAGCACUCAACUUUGCACAUUGACGUUAGCUUACGGGUCAAAACCCGGCGCCUAGCGUCAGUAAGGGCAAGAGUAGCAGCGGAAUGAUGGACAGUCUUUAUAUCGUUAGUGGUCAUCGUUAUAAUUGUUCAUGAUAUUUAUUGCACUUGACAUUAUUUGUGAAUGUGGAAAGAACACUGAGUGAAGCUUGCAGUUCCAUUUUCAUAUUUGAAUGUAC